AUGGCGGACGGAUACUAUGAGGAUGGUUACAUGGAGGAGGAAGAGGAAUGGGAUAGAGAGGGAUUAUUAGAUCCGGCAUGGGAAAAGCAACAGAAAAAGACAUUUACAGCAUGGUGCAAUUCUCAUCUAAGGAAGGCAGGAACACAAAUAGAAAGCAUAGAAGAAGAUUUUCGAAAUGGAUUAAAGUUGAUGUUAUUAUUAGAGGUUAUAUCUGGGGAGCAGUUACCUAAGCCAGACCGUGGAAAAAUGAGGUUUCACAAAAUCGCCAACGUCAACAAAGCCCUUGAUUAUAUUGCAGGCAAGGGUGUUCGACUGGUCAGCAUUGGUGCUGAAGAAAUUGUUGACGGCAAUGUCAAGAUGACACUGGGUAUGAUAUGGACCAUUAUUUUGAGGUUUGCCAUCCAGGAUAUUACAGUAGAAGAAUUGACAGCAAAGGAGGGCCUGUUGCUGUGGUGUCAGAGGAAAACUGCUCCCUACAAGAACACCAACGUUCAGAACUUCCAUCUCAGUUGGAAGGAUGGCUUGGCCUUCUGUGCCUUGAUCCACAGGCAUCGACCAGAACUUUUAGAUUAUUACAAGCUGACCAGGGACAGACCAAUGGAAAACUUGAACCUGGCUUUCGAUGUUGCUGAACAACACUUGGAUAUCCCAAGGAUGUUGGAUGCUGAAGAUAUGGUAAACUCCGCCAAACCUGAUGAGAGGUCCGUCAUGGCCUAUGUGUCCUCCUACUAUCACGCCUUCUCAGGAGCUCAGCAGGCCGAGACUGCAGCAAACAGAAUCUGUAAAGUACUGAAAGUCAACCAGGAGAAUGAACGUUUAAUGGAAGAAUAUGAAAGAUUAGCAAGUGAACUUUUGGAAUGGAUUGCUAGAACAACCCCCUGGCUGGAAAACAGAACAACUGACAACACGUUACCUGGAACACAGAGAAAGUUAGAGGAAUUCCGUGACUACAGAAGGAAACACAAACCACCAAAGCUGCAGGACAAGGCUCGUCUAGAAAACAGUUUCAACACAUUACAGACUAGACUUAGGCUCAGCAACAGGCCCGCGUACAUGCCCACCAAUGGAAAGCUUGUUUCAGAUAUUGCUAAUGCAUGGAAAGGUCUGGAACGGGCAGAGAAAGGUUUUGAAGAAUGGCUCCUCUCUGAAUUGCAAAGGCUUGAACGGUUAGACCACCUUGCCCAGAAGUUCCGCCACAGAUGUGAGAUCCAUGAGGAAUGGGCGGUCGGCAAGGAGGACAUGCUGCAGAGUCAAGAUUACCUUAGGUCAAGUCUCAAUGAACUCAAGGCCAUGAAGAAGAAACAUGAAGCCUUUGAGAGCGAUUUGGCUGCCCAUCAAGACAGAGUAGAACAAAUUGCAGCAAUUGCCCAAGAACUCAAUGCCUUAGGUUAUCAUGACUGUGUCACUGUCAAUUCAAGAUGUCAGACGAUCUGUGACCAGUGGGACAGACUCGGAACUUUGACGCAGCAGAGAAGGCAGGGAUUGGAUGAAGCUGAAAAGAUUUUGGAGAUGAUUGAUAGAUAUCAUCUAGAUUUUGCCAAGAGGGCUGCACCUUUCAACAACUGGCUGGAUGGUGCUAAGGAGGACCUCCUCGACAUGUUUAUUGUCCAUACCACAGAGGAAAUCCAGGAAUUAAUGGGAGCUCAUGAACAGUUCAAGCAGACUCUUGGUGAAGCUGAUAAAGAGUUCAACUCGAUUAUGACCCUCGCCACAGAGGUUCACAAGCUUGCCCGUGAUCAUGGCAUUCAGGUCACGGAAAACCCCUACACCACUGUAGCCGCACAGGAUAUUGCCAACAAGUGGAAUGAGGUGAAGCGCCUGGUACCCCAGCGUGACAGAACCCUCCAGGAUGAGAUGGUGAAACAGCAGCACAACGAGCACCUGAGGCGCCAGUUCGCCUCCAAGGCCAACACCAUUGGGCCCUGGAUCGAGAACCACCUUGAUGCUGUUGCAUCUAUCGGUGUGAAUAUGAAGUCGUCUCUGGAGGAUCAGCUCAACAAACUGAGGACCUACGAGAAGACAACCAACUCGUACAAACCUAACAUUGAUGAGCUUGAAAAGAUCAAUGAGUCUGUCCAGGAAGCUAUGAUCUUCGAGAACAAAUACACCCAGUACACUAUGGAGACUCUCCGUGUUGGAUGGGAGCAAUUGUUGACUGCUGUCGCAAGAAAUAUUAACGAAGUAGAGAACCAGAUUUUGACGAGAGACUCGAAGGGAAUUAGUGAAGACCAGAUGAAUGAGUUCCGUAUGUCGUUUAACCACUUCGACAAGGAGAGGAGCAGGAGGCUCACACCCAAGGAGUUCAAGGCGUGCCUUGUCAGUCUUGGCUACAACAUCCGUGAAGACAAACAGGGAGAAACUGACUUCAAUAGGAUUAUGUCAAUAGUUGACCCCAACCAUUGCCAGUACAUCACAUUUGACGCUUUCCUCGACUUCAUGACACGUGAGACUGCAGACACAGACACAGCAGAGCAAGUGAUGAAGUCUUUCAAAAUUCUGGCCGCAGAUAAGCCAUACAUCACUGCCCAAAUCCUGCGCCAAGAGCUUCCUCCCGACCAGGCUGAGUACUGUAUCCAGAGGAUGGCUCCCUACACUGGCAGGGACGGCAUUCCCGGCGCCCUCGACUACAUGUCAUUCUCAACAGCCUUAUAUGGAGAAAGUGACCUUUGAGAACUUUGUGUUGACCUCAAAUAACACAGAAUCAUUGACCUUUUAUGCCGGACGUGCAGCAUAGAUAUGUCCAUUUGUCCAACUGGCAACAUCCUUAUUACUACGUCUUUUUUAUAUAAAGACAAGUUUGUACGAUGCUGUUAAUAAGCAGGAUGUACUAGAUUUUUUACGGCAUAUUUGUAAGCAAAAAUAAAUUAACUAUUUUUAACAAAGUUUCUACUCUGACGGCAGGUCUCGGGGAUGUAGAGUAGACCCAUAGGGAACAGUAUUUUUGCUGCACGUCUAGCACCCUUCUGGGGUCAAGACGUUCGCCUGUGGGACAAUUGUGUGCCGAGUGCGACGAGACAAGCUGGCAACCCAUGCCAGCAUUGUUCAAACCAAAACACAAACCCUUUAUCUAUGCAUGGCAUUCAUAGAGGAAAUGCUGAUAUGAUUGAGCAAUAGAGUGUAAAAUGUGUGAAUGAACAGCCGAUACAGCUAUUCCUGACUACACAAUUUCCUGGACCUGGAGUGACACCACCUGACUGGAAAGGUUCCCUCACUGCUUGGACUAUAAUCAAAAUGUGUUUAUGGUGGUGUACUUAACAAAAAUCAAGAAUGUAACUAGGUGUAGGGACUUUUCCAUUUCAGGCUGGUGUGAUAAAUGCAAUGAUUACUUCAGAUGAAAUUCACUGCCAGAAGAUGUGACCUUGAGAAUGUUCAACCUGUGAAUGUUAGCAGAGAGAAUGGAACAAAGGGAGGCAAAUCUCUUCCUGUUUUCUGUUAAAGUAUGCAGGGAAUUUUCAUGUAGAUAUAUAGAAAAGUAGAAUCUUUAUUUGAAUUAUUUCCAUUUCUUAUAUUUAUUCCACAAGAUAUAAGUAAAUUAUGACUGGGACAGUGUCACAGAAUGCAAAACAAAACACGAGCAGCAAUCAACCUGAAACAUGAAACUGUUUUAUUAGUAUACUGACAGUGUUGACACGGCCAGAUGUCUGGGUAGUGAGCAUUGUUUUUAUUAUUUAUAUAUAUCGAAUGUUUAGUCACAAGCACAAGGGGCAUGGUACCUAUAUCACAUGACUGAUAUGCCAUGGUCUGUGCCCUUUGAGCUUUGACAUUGCUGUGGCCUUUGCCCUUUGACCUGUGACACUGACUCCGUGCUAGCAGAUGUUUGGGAUGUUACCUGUGAACUUGUUACCCUGUAUUUACUUGAGAAAUACUUAUUUAAUUGAUGUGUUAUAUAUAAGCCUCUACAGGUCAACAACGGAAUCCUCUGCGAUCCAUUCAUAGCCUUCUGCAGUUUUAUAUCGACUGAUAUUGAAUCUUGUGGUUUUCUAAAGGUGUAAUGACAGAUACUGCUUUUAACUUUUUAUACUCGUUUUUUAUAGAAUGCCAAAAUUACAAUAUAUAUUCAUUAGUCCUACAAUUUAUUUUCUUUGCCUGCAAAUUGUUGUGUUAUUUUCUAAGGAACUUUUUGUUAACCACUAACCAACCAGAUAAAGAAAUAUGGUGGGGAGUAUAAGAGGACAGUUAGGCCAUACAUUAUUUACAUUGUCAUAUUUGAUGAACAGCAUAGGUCUUUAGAUGUCAGCCGCAGAUGGAGAUCCACCAGAAUCUGUAGCCUGUACUAGAUUAUACAAAACACAGAUCAUGGUCCUGGUUUAUACUUCAGAUUCCAUUAAAGAUUUCUACCCAACGAA